AUGAGCGCCUCAGCCAUUCGCCGAAAGUCCUACAAGAGAGCCCAAGAGGACGCUGGGCUGUUCUCCCCCGUCCACUGGGAGGGCGAUAAGGGCAGCAACGGAGACGUUCCGGCUGGCAAGCUGCAGGUCAUGGAAAAGUUCUUCACGCCUGUCCGGCAGACCAAGGAGAACAAAGGAGCCUCCUCCUCCACCGACUUGGGGCUUAGGGACUGCAGCAGCUGCCACCAGCAGUGGGCCGAGAGCCGGCGUGGCCACUUCUCCACGCUCUCGUCAUCCUCGACCUCUUCCACCUCGGCCUCCUCCUCGGCCUCCAGCUCGGCCUCGUGGUCCUCCGAAGCCAGCCUGGACAAAGAGGCCUUCUUGCUGACCAGCCCUCGCUACCACCCUCAGCACUCGCAGUCCUGCGUGGACCUUUCGAGAGAAGUCAGGGCCUUCCGCCGUGGCCAGGAGGAAGAAGCGGCGGAUUUCGAGGAGGAAGAAGCUCCCGGCUCCUUCAGCCGCUUGAGGAAAGGACAGAGCAAGAGUGCCGACCGGCUGGCUAACCGCCACGGCCUGCAGUUGCAGCCUGGCCAACCCGACGGCGUGGACAGACACCUCUACAAGGCCGCCAGUCUGGAGCGCAGCCUCGCCUUCAGCGAGCAGGCGGAAAUCCUGGCCCCGCGUCGGCCCAACUAUGCCGGGGCUCCAGCACCCAGCAAAGGCAUCUUGAAAAACGGGGCGGUGGCCGGCGGUGACUGGCUGCGGAAGGCCAAGUCCAUUGAGACCAUCACUGUGCGGUCCGUAGGGAAGGAGCCUCCGCCUGCCCCCGGGCCUUCUAGGCCUCUCCAGAGGGAGAAGCAGCCCCCGAACAGCUUGGAUCUGAGCGCCCCCAAAAAGCCCCCCGUCACAGAAAGAAUGAAGCUGGUGGAGGAGAAGCUCCGUUUCUCAGAGUUCCUGAACGAGAUCACCCAGCAGGUGAUGAGCCCCUCCAGCCUCAGUUCGCUGGGCUGGAAGCCCCCAGAGCCUUCCGUGGCCACCAAGGCCCCCAGCACCGACGGGUCGGACUCGAAAGGCUCUAGCAGCAAAGCCAGCUCCCCAGGGUCCUUGCUGGAGAUGGCUGAGGCGAAAGCAGAGGUAGCGGCGAGGAGGAGGACGGGGCAGGCUGAGGCCAAGGCGGAUGCCCUUCCCAGCCCCCACAGCCGACCCCAAGCCAACCCAGCCUUUGGCAGGGCCACAGAUGAGGCCAGUACCAGUCCGGAACUGGUGCCCUUCGCUCAUUUGCCAGCUAAGCUGGGGAGUUUGCCUAAGCUGCCAGGAGAGGCAGCCAAGCGGCCAAGGAAGCCCAGUGAGGCCAAAGGUGGACACGGGCAGGAGGCCAAGAGGCCGGAACAGCCCCUCAAGAAAGCAGAGAAGGGCCUUCCCGCCAGAGGAACAGCCGAGAAAGCCAACCCCAAGGAAGAGCAUGAGGGUGUAGCCACGAAGAAGAGGAUACACAACAGCAAGGAGCUGCUGGCAGAGGUGGAACAACCUGUGCCCUCACAUGAGCAGGAGCCAGCAUCCCCAGCACAGGAGGAGGAAGCAGAUGCCAAACCCAGAACAGCUCAGCGAGACCUGCAGAAAACCUGGGACGAACUGGACGCUUUAAAAGAAAAAUUCAACAGUUUGCUUCCUUCCAGGCUUCAGGAAGACUAUGCCAACACACGGCUCACUAACCAGCUGCUGGAAGACAGACUUCAGAUUAUUGCUCAGAGUAUGGCUGAAGAAAAGCAAACUUUGAACCAGCGGAUCAAUGAGCUGCUGGAGAGGCUGAUCAGCGCCCAAAACACAAUUUGCACCUUGGAGAAAAUUAACAUCUCAGGGCUGCUGGCAAAGCCCAGCCUGGAAAAGCAGCGGUGCAGUGGGAAGGAUGAGUCUACCUCUGGCAGCCUCUGCUCUCUGCACAUUCUGGAUGUCGCGCCCCCUCCUGCUUUCAUGGAUGGUGCCUCUGAGACGCAAACCACCCCCAACCAGUCCGACUCAGCCACCGAAACCAGCAAGCUGGGCUGCAGCUCCGAAUCGGACACAGCAGCCGGGCCGAGCGAGGAGAGGAGCCUCCUGCUGAAGUACGAGGCAGCCCUGGUGGCACCGUCCACAGAAGGGCCAAAGAGACACAGCAAGAGCCACACCCGGGCCACAGCCUUCAUCCCCUGGAAGCAGAAAUCCACAGCGUUCUCAACACAAGACACGAAUUCGACAGAAAGCGAGUGCAGCGGGGAGGAGGAAGCAGCCCCGCUUUGUCCCCUCCCAGCCCCGCGCUUCCUGUACUUGAGGCAGGAGGCCCUGGUGGCCCCGCCGGGGCCCAGCAGCCAUUUCCCAGCCUUGCCCACACUGCAGCCAGAGGUCUUUGAAGCCACCCAUCUGCCUUCCCCCACCAACCUGCCGCCCAGUGGGCAGCUUGAGGAGCUGGUGCCAGAAAUGAGCAGCUCUGAGAGCUCUGAGGAUGGCGAGGUCUCCUGGAGCCCUGGCUUGGUGGAGAAGACAUCAGGAGGACCUCACCUGGAUUACCAGUCGGCCCAAAAAAUGCUUGACGGCCUGCUGCAGAAGAGCCGCCGGGGGAAUGAACCACCCAAGGUGGGCAGGUUGGAAGGCUUCCGCUUGGCUGGUGCCACAGAGGCGAGCGGAGCAGGCCGGGGCCUCCCUCACUACCACCACCAGCAGCACCAGCAACACAGGAUCCGUUACUACCAAGAGUUCUCGAGUCCUGAGGAGGGAAAGAGCUACCCAUGCCCCCUGGGCACCAAGGGGGCAGUGGUGGGGCCAGAGGGCAGCGAUGCUGCACAAGAUUCUACAUCCCUCUGAGGUGGGACGAAAGGAAGCCGCUCCCUUAGCCAUGCCAUA